ACCUGGAAGUGCUGAGGAGAUGCAGGAUGAUGAACCUAAAGACAUCGCUGAAAGACCACAAUGGGACAAUCAAGUUCAAUACUUGCUAACCUGCAUAGGUUUUACUGUGGGACUCGGUAGUGUGUGGAGAUUUCCAUAUUUGUGUCAAACCUAUGGAGGAGGGGCGUUUCUAAUUCCUUAUGCCAUUGCGUUGGUGUUUGAGGGACUUCCUCUUCUGCACAUAGAGCUGGCCAUCGGACAACGGCUCCGCAUGGGAAGUAUUGGAGUGUGGAAUUCAAUCUCCCCUUACAUGGGAGGAUUAGGUGUUGCUUCCUUGGCAGUCUCCUUCCUAAUCAGCCUGUUCUACAACAUGAUCAUUGCCUGGAUCCUCUGGUACUUAUUCCACUCCUUUCAAAGCCCACUUCCUUGGAGGGACUGCCCAAUAAACUUGAAUCAUACUGGCUAUGAAAGUGAAUGUGAGAAGGCCUCGGCGGUGAACUACUUUUGGUAUCGUGAAACACUGAACAUCACACCAAACAUCGAGACCAGCGGCUCCUUUCAGUGGUGGCUCGUACUGUGUCUCGCAACGGCUUGGUGCCUCGUGUACAUCUGCUUCAUACGGGGAAUUGAGACUAUUGGAAAGGCUAUUUAUGUCACAGUCACCUUCCCAUAUCUGGUUUUGACCAUCUUCUUGAUCAGAUCACUGACUCUGCCUGGGGCCACAGAUGGCUUAAUAUAUCUCUUCACUCCAGAUUGGGAAACUCUUAAGAAUCCUGAUGUCUGGUUGGAUGCUUCUACUCAGAUCUUUUUCUCUUUGUCUUUGGCCUUCGGAGGACUUAUUGCUUUUUCCAGUUAUAGUGUUCAGAAGAAUGAUUGUGAGAGAGAUGCCCUAAUUGUUGGAUUUAUGAACAGUUUCACGUCAAUAUAUGCAUCCAUUCCAAUUUUUGCCAUUCUUGGAUUUAAAGCUAAUGAAAACUUUAAUAAGUGCAGAAAUUGGAACAUACUAAGAUUGACUAAUUCCUUCAACAUUGGGGAUGAGAACAUAACUCUGGAAAACUAUGAUGACUGGUUUAACCAUUUCAACAAUACUGAUCCCUCAGAGGUCGAAAGCCUCAAUCUAAAGACGUGUAACCUACAGACGUUC